CAGCUGUCGAGAGCCAGAGAAUAAGUACAGCGAACCGUGUUCUCUUAGUCUUCCCACUGUUAUUUUUCCCCUUGCAAGUCUGGGCAAAGAUGAAGCACCAAGACUCUUCUCAGCGAUGAACCAUAUGACUUACAUAGCUGCUUCUUCCCUCCCCCCACCCCACCCUUAUAACAUGCAGGAAAAAUGUCUGGUAGCCUGAGGAAGAGGCGCGUUGGAAUUGUGGGCUAUGGACAUCUAGGCCAGUAUCUAGUGAAACGGCUCCUAGAAAAUGGCUUCCAACAUGGCUUGGAAUUGGCCUUUGUUUGGAACCGGGAUGCGGGGAAGCUGGAAGAGACAGUGCCAGCAGAGCUGCAGUUGCGGAAUCUGACUGAUUUCUUGGAGUGCCAUGCCGACAUCAUUGUUGAAGUGGCACAUCCGUGCGUUGCCCAAAAUCAUGGGGAGUCCUUUCUCCAAGCUGCAGAUUUCAUGGUGGGCUCACCAACAGCCCUGGCGGAUCUAGGCACAGAGCUGAAACUGCGUGAAACUGCAAGAAAGACCGGACAUACCCUCUAUAUCCCCAGUGGGGCAUUAUGGGGUGGCCAAGACAUCCAAAGACUGGAUGAGGCAGGGAUGCUUCAGGCAUUAACAGUCACCAUGGUGAAACACCCUGACAGCUUCCGGCUGGCGGGGGACCUGAGGAACCUUGCCCAAGGGGCCCGGCAGGGGCGUGUGGUGCUAUACAGUGGCCCUGUGCGUAGCCUGUGUCCUCUGGCUCCCAACAAUGUCAACACCAUGGCAGCAGCCUGUAUGGCUGCCCCUAGUCUGGGCUUCGAUGGUGUGAAAGGCUGCCUCAUUGCUGAUCCUGACCUCCCCAACUACCACGUGGUAGAGAUUGAGGCAACUGGACCAGGCGGGUUCUCCGUCAGCACCAAGCGCAAGAACCCAGCUGCUAGUGGGGCUGUCACAGGGGCAGCCACAUUUGCUGCUUUCUGGAGCAGCCUGUUGGUAUGCCAAGGUCAUGGCGGUCGAGUCUAUCUCUGCUGAGCUUUAACACAACUUUCUCAAGAAUACAUGCUGAGGAUAUUGGUUGGCACUAGAGGUUCAGUAACAGAAGGAAAGAAGGAAAGGAAAGACAAUAACAACUGAUCAAGCUGACAUACUGGCUCCUCCUGCCCUCUGUGAUUUUAGUCCCUCAAUAACAGAAACAUUUAGCUAACAAUGGCUACAGCUAUACCUUGGCCUCUUUCUUUAAAUCAGUAUUCCAUACCCUGGUGCCCUCCAGAUUAUGCUACAUUGCAACUCCCAUCAUCCCCAACUCUCUUCCAGAUUAUAUUACAGCUCCUAACAUCCCCAACCUGAAUGGUCUAUGCUCAGGCUUGAAUAUAUAAACUACCCAACUGGCAGAUGUCCCUGGAGCCAUUUAUAAAGAUAAAAAUAAACAAAUACAACUAAUCACCAAAGCAAUAACUCCAACAAAUAAAGUGUUAAAAAUUAAAACAUUAAAAUAUUUAAAAUAUGAAAGAGACAGAGAUAAAAGUAAUCAUCAGAGCAACACAACAAGGGUGAUAUGCCUGUUUCAGAACGAGACACCUGGGAACUAAAUAUAUAACAUAAAGACACAGGCAUACCUGCCGGGAAAGGACAUUCCAUGGAUGUUUUUGUCUAACAACAUGUGGAGGGCCACAGAUUGCCCACACCAAGCCCGGUAGAAUUUUCAGUCCAUCAGCAGACUAGCCUCCUUCCCACCACCCAUUCACAUCACAAUAACUUUAAGGAUAUUAUACAGUGUGUGCUUCCUUGAGACCAAGUCAUAAAAGAGUCAACCAGAGAGAGCCUCUCUUGUAAUUCAUGGAGAUUUUAGAGAAAGUGAGAAGCUAAAGAGACUAGGGAAAGAGUCUGAUCUGCCUUCCUGAAUAUUCAUUGCAAAUAAAUAAAUAAACAAACAAAUAAAUAAAUAAAAGUAUAUUUUUGGCAAA